UUGAGGCCAUGUGUGUAAAACGAAGAAUGACCGUAGCGGCCAUCUCGUGUGCCAACGUUUUCUUGAGACAAAGAUGAUAAAGAUAUAUCAAGUCCUGUCGCCAGAGUACUAAGCUAUGUUUAAACCGCCCUCGAUGUAUAGUCUGGUUGGUGAUGCUAUGGUGGGAAAAUCCAAUCUUCUACGAUGUUACCUAGGGAAGACGUUAAUUGAUACGUAUGCCCCAACUGUGUUUUCAACAUUCAAAGAUUCUCUGACUGUGGGGAAGAAACAAAUCAAGGUGAAGUUUGUGGACACUGCCGGACAGCAAGAAUAUUCGAGAUUGCGGAUGCUCUCUUACGCUAAGAGUGACGUCAUCAUCCUUUGCUUUAGUGCCAUCGACAGGCUCUCCUACGAGCGGAUUAGUCUUUUGUGGAUACCAGAAAUCAGAAGGACUGUAAAGAAAAAAGUUCCCAUUUUCCUGGUUGCGACCCACAAAGAUCUAAAAAGCGAAGGCUACGUCAGAAGAUGUACCCGGGUUGUGUCAAAGGAGGAAGGGGAAGAACUAGCAGAGGAGAUAAAUGCGGACGGUUUUUUCGAGACAUCCACGACGGAUUCUUGUUGCGUGAAGAAGAUCAUUGAAUGUGCCAUUACUGCCGUUCAUUAUAACAGAACGAGAUACUUACAGACAUUGAAAAACGUGUUUUUUAAAUAAAAUACUUUUUCAAAAUCAUUAUUGUUUUUACAUGUUUAU